GAGCUUCAGUCCGGUCUCGGUCGGUGAGAGGAGCAAACACACUCCGCCGGAGCUUCAGCAGCAGCAGCAGCAGGAGCAGGAGCAGCAGAGGAGGAGGAGGAGGAGGACUGACUGUACGGAUUAGAGGAGAAGACGAACGUUACUUCAGUGAAGAAACAGAAAAGGGAGAAGGUUGUUUCUCUUUGAAAGCUGGUGUCAGUUGUCAAACAAAGUUGUGUCCGUACAGAAAAAGCGGGGGACAUUUGUACUGAGAGGACACAGAGCGGAUAUCGCAGCGUGGGCUUGUUGUGAAGAACACAGUGUCUAAGAAGGAGCUCCCUGCCAUACUUUAUCGGACUGCUGCUGUGAAAACCAGAUUAACAAGCUUAAAGCACAACAGAGGAGGCCCAGAAAGGACCAAGGUCCUGGGAUGAGAGCUUUGUGCCAUUUCUCCUUCAUACCUCUAGGAGGCCUACACUGGGUGACACUCUGAGAGUGUAUGGUGUGUCUGACGCCAUCGGGCUGUCAUGGCUCUGGUUCAGGCACUCCCUGUGACCGUGACUGACCACCCCAACCCAGGUGUCGAAGUCCAGCAGUGCCGGCCGCUUCCGUCCCGCUCCCCGUCAGGCCCCUGCUCUGCCCCCUGUGGGCCGUGUAGCUCUGGGACAGCCAUGGGUUCCGUCAGCAGUCUCAUAUCAGGCCGGACAUACCAGGAGAAACACUGCCGAGCUGCCAGCGAAUUCUCCGCGAAACCGCGCCGCUCCACCCCUGCGACCAGCUGCUUUCGGAUCCAGGACAACACCCUCCGCAGCGGGAGCUCCUUAGAGCAGCUGCUGGUUAUUAGCAACCAGACACAGCCUCAGGCUCAGGUUCUGCCUCCACCGCUGCCCACCAAAAAGCAGCCCCGACCUGGUAACUCUGGUGGGACAGGAGGUGCCGGCACGAAUGGGAACUUUGGGUAUGUGAGUGAUGAGGUGGUGGUUGGGGAUUGGAACGACAACCUGGUGGUUGCAGUUGCCGUGAGUCCCUGCAGUGACUCGGAGGACCAAAGGGACAACAGGACUGUGAACGGCAACAUUGGAGGACCUCCUCCCAAACUCAUCCCCGUGUCUGGGCAGUUGGAGAAGAACAUGGAAAAAGUGCUGAUCCGUCCGACUGCGUUCAAACCCGUCGUUCCCAAGAAUCGCCACUCUGUGCAGUACCUUUUGCCACGGCCAGGGGGCAGCAGUCUGUCAGAGAGCCAGGGCAGCCUCAGCCUCCUGCUGCCCCUCGGAGGGUCCAACAAUGUCGGCAGCACAAACGGGAACGGAGGGAACAGCAGUUCCGGCUCUGAAGGGAAACGGAACUCGUACAGUGGUGGACGUAAUCCUCGCAGCAGCCAGUCCUGCUCCAUGUCAGAUUCAGGGAGGAACUCUCUCUCCAGUCUCCCUACUCACAGCAGUACAGGCUACAGUUUGGCCCCCAGUGAGGGCUCCAGCUCUGGGUCUGGCUCCGGGGGCCAGCCGGAACCAGUCACAGGCCUGAGCCGAAACACUUCAGGUGGAAGUGGGAGCCAUGGUCACACAAACUCAGACAGUGGACGUUCCUCGUCCAGCAAGAGCACGGGCUCGGGAUCGCUUAGUGGACGUGGGCAGCCCUUGUCAGACAGCGGGUCCUGCGGUCACUCCCCACCUCCAGUGGAGGGCUAUGAGGCGGUGGUGAGGGAGCUGGAGGAGAAGCUGAGGGAACGAGAUCUGGAGCUCCAGCAGCUGCGGGAAAAUCUGGAUGAGAAUGAAGCUGCUAUCUGCCAGGUGUACGAGGAGAAGCAGCGACGCUGUGAGAGUGAGAUGGAGGAGCUGAGACAGAGCUGUGCUACGAAGAUGAAGCAGGCGUCUCAGAAAGCCCAGAGGGCACAGCAGGUGUUACAGUUACAGGUGUUCCAACUGCAGCAAGAGAAGAAGAAGCUGCAGGAGGACUUUUCCGCUCUGCUGCAAGACAGAGAGACACUGGAAAGGAGGUGUGCCACCAUUCAGAGGGAGCAAACCCAGCUGGGGCCACGCCUGGAAGAGACAAAGUGGGAGGUCUGUCAGAAGUCGGGAGAGAUCUCGCUCCUGAAGCAGCAGUUGAAGGAAAUCCAGUCAGAGCUUAGCCAGAAGGCUGGAGACAUUGUGGUUCUCAAAGCUCAGCUAAGAGAAGCCCGAUCCGAACUGCAAGCGAGCCAGGCUCGGUCGCAGGAGGCCCAGGCAGCCGUGCGGACACGAUCUCUUGAGCUUGAAGUCUGUGAGAAUGAACUGCAGAGGCGCAAGAGCGAAGCGGAGCUGCUCCGAGAGAAAAUGGGCCGCCUGGAGGAAGAGUCGGCUCGGCUCAGGGACACGCUGUCCAGUCACAAUGGACACUCUCUACCUGGAAACCCAGUCGUAAAGGGACAGUGCAUGAACCUGACGCUCCCACAUAGUCGAGGUGUGACAGGAAGAGGCCUUCCUAGUCCUUCCUUGUACCGCGGUGGUGGAGAGGAGCCUCAUUUGGUCUGGGGAGGAGAGAGUGAUGAGGCCAAGGCUCAGAGGCAGAAUGCAGAAACAGUGUUGGGACUCAGACAACAGAUGGACAGGCUGAAGGCUGAGCUCAUGUAUGAGAGAAGGACGAGUGAAGAGCACCUGUCACGGUUUGAGGAUGAGCGCAGGGUGUGGCAGGAGGAGAAGGAAAAGGUAAUCCGCUACCAGAAGCAGCUGCAGCAGAACUACAUCCAGAUGUACCGACGAAACCGGGACCUCGAGCGAGUGAUGAGGGAGCUGAGUCUGGAGCUGGAGAACAGGGACAUGGAGGAUUAUGAGGUUCACAGUGGCAGCAAUGACAUCCACUUUGAAGAAAUCACCGCCACUGAGAUUUAGACUCACACACACACACACACACACUUACAUAUAUGCACAGAAACACACAGCGAAACAGAAACCACAAAAAAACACUAACACUGAACUUUACCUGGACCGCUGCGUGAGCACUCACCACUCAUUUCUCAAAGGUGACUUCUUGUUCGCAGAGUUGCACUGCACAGCCAGCACAAAGACUUUUCUUCUUAUUCUGUUGGAGCAAAAAGAAGUUAAAUAAUUCAGUUUCUCUCUCAGACCUCGUUCAAAUCAGGGUACAAAACAUGGAUGGGAACUUAAAGCAAAAAAGACAAACUGCGGUGUUCUGGUCAAAGUGUUGUCACACGAGAUUAGACACCUGCAGGCAUGUGAGGACAGUGUCAUGACAUUAACAUCAACACCACAACUCUUCUUUUUUUUCUCAUGUGAUGAAAUCCUCCUCAUGUCCUGAUCAAAUAUCAUGGUCAAAGUUGUCUGGAAAAACCCCGUUACUGCCUUGCCUACCUGCACAGUUCGGACUGGGUCAUACCGUUUUUCACGCUGCUGCGUUUCCGGUCGUUCCACACAAUCUUUUAUGACAUGAUGUUCUUGCAGCGGCAAUUUCUCACCAGGAAAUGUUCCCCGUAAUAUGUGUUUCCUUUGAUUCUUUGAUCGCUGGACUUUCCUUUGGACCAAAAGGUGUCAGGUGUGAGCAGAUUUAUCUGUGCAGGGUCCAAAGGGACCAGUGAGGUGGAUGUUUAUGUCAUGUGGACCCUUGCAGGUUUCUGGAAGUGGAAAACAUGACCCGUAAGUGUGACAAGGUUUUCUUGCAGGCGAAUCAGACAUUGGCAUCAAAGCUGUUCUCUCAGCUCUUUCUCCUCCACCCACUUUCCGUCAGAGUGUGUUUUGAGGGAGAGGAUUUGAUGAGAUCUCUUCCAGACUCCUACACUUUUCUUUUCCUCCAGAUGACUUUAUUUAUUCAUGGAUGUGAAGAGGAUUUCAACAAACAACAUAAAAAUGAGUUCAUAAAAAAAGAUGUUGUCACUGGCAGCACAAAAGCAACCGUUAAAAGGGAAGUAACACCAAUAUCACAACAUCUGCAGUUCAUAUUUGACAGUGUUCGGGUGGGCAGCAGUUCCAUUGUUUUGUGUAGUUUUGCAGGUUUCUCCUCAGCAGUAUGUGUCUGAUUAGGAAUGUAUUGUGGCUGUUACCACUCCAGAGGAGAUGCAGUAUAGUAGAGUUCAUCACUGGAAGUGACAGAAUCUGCUCACCGAGGGAAAACAUGGUGGUGUUUUUUUUUUGCACAACUUUCCCACUCUUUCUCGCGGAGCAAACAAUCCGACUUAAACCACGGUUUUACAGUCGGCUCUUGGCUUUCGCUUACACGACGACUUCCUUUCUCCGUUGUCUGCCAAACCGUCGAGGACACAGAACGCAGGCGCUCAGAGGAAAUGCUUUAUUUGGACGCCGCGCGUGUUCUCUAGACCACCGGGCAUCUCGCUGUUGCACUCGAUCAUCGCGUCGACUCAUUCACAAGCUCUGCCACAAACAUUUACAUUUCACAGAUAUGUAGCAGGAGGACGCAGACUGUAGCACUGUAGAUAUAUCGCCAGGAUGCUGCUGAUUCUCCUUCUUCCUCCCCUCGCUCUCCUUCUCUCUUUCUGCUCCUCCUAACUAUUUUUAUAACAGUGAAAAGCACCUCUGGUGUCAGUAUCAGGAAACUAAAAAUGGAGCAUAUUCUUUCAGUUCAGUCAUCACAUAAACUGAGAGAUUUACGCCAGUGUUUGAAUUCUACGCAUGCCUUUUCAAGAGUUUCCAUUUAUUCCUCUUUCUUUCCCCAUUAGCGCUCUUUAUUUAGCUUUUGGCAGCCAGAAGCCAAAUAACACUUUAUAUUCUUCCUAGUCUCCCCUUAGACUAUAAUCUUCUAUGAUUGCUAUACAGGUAGUGAGACUGGCAUGUGUGCAUGUCUUGUUUAUAUCAGAUUUCAGAGAGGUGCUGGCUGGGAUCACUUUUUUUUUUCUUUUUUUUCCGAGAUGGGAUUUUGCAGAUGCCGUAGCUCCGGCGCUGAACGUCCUCGAGGCAGGUCGGCUGUUCGAGCCCUAAAUAUAAACCGAUGAGGAGGAAGUUAAGAUUUGCAGCUGGGAGACUUCUUUGUUUUCUCUCAACAGCAUGGCAGAUGCUGUUGAGGAAGGAGGUGGACUGAGAAACUUUAUUUUACAAAGUGUCUAUAUCAAGGAAUAAUAGUUAAAAUUGAAAUCUAUGUAAUGGAGGAGAUGUUGUAUAUUUUUUAUACAUAGCACCUGAAGAUAUUUUGUUGUAGUACUGGUGUAAGUGUGGGUUUAAUAUGCAAAGUAUAAAGAUCUAUACAAAUAUCUAUAACACACAUUAUGUCAAAUGAUGGAUCAGUGACAAAUGGAGGCGACAGCGUUUGACACAGUUGACCUAAUAUUGUAAUGCAUGAAAAAUCUGUUUACAUUCUAUAAUCCGAUGACCAAGCGUUGCAGUGAGUCUUCACCUGUUGUCUCUCCAUUUUCACUGCUCUUUCACUUGAUCGUCAGAAUCAUAGUAUUACACACACGUGUGCACAUCCACGUCUUCGUCGUAGCGCUUGUCGGCUCGUUCUUUGACCGGCGUCUUCGCCGAGCUGAGGUCGGCGCUGACGCAGACCCUGAGCGUUUCCUGUACUCUGGGAAAUUCGAUCAAAACCGCUUUGCAGGAGAAUUUGAUCAGUCUGUGUUUUUGCAUGCCGUUACCACAGUCGUUGUGGUUUAAGUGAAAUAUAUCGAGGACGUUAAGAAAAGGAAUCUGCACCGUGCAUAAAAACUGCGAUGGAAAGUGGCUUUGAAUGAUACAAGUUUGGUUUGUCCAACCAUAUUCUCUGUUACUCUGUUAACCAGACUGCGACUGUUACUCUCCACAGAUACGGAUUAACAACAACAAGCAUCGUGGCAUCAAACUGUCUACAAAGCACUGUGUGCGUCCCACAUCGUCCCUCCCUCCCUCCCUCCUAUUCUUUUUGUUGUUGUUGCAUAACUGUUUUCUGUGUAAAUAUGUAAAACACUAAAUAGUAUAAAGUAUCUAUUUCAAAUGUAGCCACUGUGAUUAGACCAAAGCAACAUAACACAUUUCUUGUGUGCCAUUUUUAUUUCAUCCUCUUGUGUGCGUAUUUUUUGUUUUGUUGUUUCGCUUAUGUCCAUUAAUUCAUAAAAUAUAGUUGUCCGUGUAUGUUUCUACGUGUACAUUUCUUCUACAAAUGACUGUUUUUAAUUAAAGAACAAGUUGUCACACCGCGUAAAA